GGCAGCCUCCUCCCAUGAAGCCCCGCCGUAACCCUCCUCUUCCUCCUCUCUUGUCUGGAUUACUUAGGACUCUUGCGACCCCCUGGUAACUGCGUCGUGGCCAUCUUGUUUAUUUCUCUGGCUCGCUAGGUCCUUGCCUUGUUCAGUCUUUCUCUUCUGCGAUAUGUCCCUCUAUCGGGCUAUUCAGGAUGCGGUCGAUCUUGCCAUCCAUCGACACCAGUUCCAGAUGACACUACCACCCCUCGACGACGACGCUUUACGACAAAUCCUGUACCACGAUUACGCCAACGCAGACGUCGAGAAUGAUCGCCUCGAAUUUCUUGGAGAUGCUAUGAUGCAUGCAACGAUUGGUCGUCUGCUCUAUUGUCAUCUUCCGAGAGGAUAUCCAUACUUAUACACCAAAUGUGCUCACGCUUUGUGGUCUAAUGAAACGUUCUGCAAACUUGCGGAAACUCUGGAUAUCUACACGUUUAGCCCAGAUGUACUCUAUGCACUCGACAGGAGGACCUUUGGGACUGGUGGUAUCUUAUACAAGGACCAUAGUCAGAUAAAGCACACUGCAGAUCUCUUCGAAACUAUUCUGGGUGCCUAUUAUCUGCAGUCUGGUUUUGAGGCGUUCUACUCUUGGGUGGAAAGAACCUUCAUACCUCUAAUUUACAUGGCAGAGGAUGCUUACUGGAGAAACUUCCAUCUUGCCUAUCCUAGAAAUCCCUACAAGGACCGGGCUUACAUUGCUUAUGGUCGAGUAAUGGAGCGAUACAGGUCUAUAUCUCCGUUACCUCGUCCGGCGCAUCACCAUGCACCUAAUAGGAGGUCUUCCGAGCCAUUCUUCAUUGAACGUGCGCUAUGCUAUCCGGACAACAUUAUCACUGCGCAAGCCCAAGCUAAAGCAACCGUGAUAGAUCUAACGAGUCCAGGUCCGGGUCCAAGUCCGAAUCACAGCAUUGGGACCUCAUCUUCACAAACUACCUUAGUUGCUUCUCCCACACCUACCAAGCCUUCUUUCAAACCAACUUGUAUUGACUUGACAAUGGUUGAAGACACACUUACCCCUCGUCGCUUGACAAAGCGAGAUACACGAUCUGCUGCCCCCAGUCCCGAGCCUAUCAGGAAACGACGGCGCCGGUGCAAGAAUCUUCAAAGCAUUGAUAAGAAAAUCUCUCGUGCUCGUGACCCGACGCGGUUGAAUCUGGAACUAAUGCAAGUCUCCGAUUUGGAAAGUGAUGACGAGAUGGAGGUGUGUUCUCCCAACCUUGGCGAGAGCAUUCCUAGGUAUUUUCUACGUCCUCCUACGCCCUCUUCAGCAUACUGCUUUCAGGAUAUGCCCGGUCAACUUAUGAUUCUCGAUUGAUGCUUCAUCUCAACGCUCUUGCCGCUUCGUCCAUGUGGAUUUACGUGGGAGUUCGGGGGAGCAGUUUAGCUCAUUUUUAUUCCCUCUACACAUCUGGGUCUCGACUUCUUUGCCUUUCUCCCUGAUUGGAUUUCUUUUUGACAUUUCUAUGACUUUUAUGUACUAUGACUAUGACUCAAUAUCUCUACCCAUAUGCCAAUCUUGAUUGUCUGUCACCUCUCAUCUUCUUGCAGUUAGUACAAGUAAAUUGUGAACUAGCGAUCACGUGGAAGACGCGAGGCCGAACGCGCUAGCGAGCCACACGCGACGCGACUGCUUCUUCAACCACUUAAAGUACAACACUCUCAAGCUCUUCGAAACUGUAUUCUUCCUCUGUACUUUCAUUGUAACUUGUUUUUAUGGCACCUACAAAGCAAGCUCCAACACGACAGGCUAUCACGCUCAAAGGAUC